AUGUUGUUCAUUCAGAUUACGUGCUUGAUAACCUUAGCAAUAGUAAGAGAGAGGCUUUAUGAACAACAAGUUGAACAGCUUGGAAAUUUUCAGUUGCGCAUCCAUGAUCAGAUGAUAAUGCUGGAAGGUGCAAAGGCUACAACAGAAACUGUCGACGCUUUGAGAACUGGAGGAGCUGCAAUGAAAGCCAUGCAGAAGGCGACUAACAUUGACGAUGUGGACAAGACAAUGGACGAGAUCAAUGAGCAGACUGAAAAUAUGAAACAGAUUCAAGAAGCACGGUCAGCACCAAUUGGUGCAGCGGCUGAUUUUGAUGAAGAUGAAUUAGAGGCAGAACUUGAAGAGCUGGAAGGAGCUGAGUUGGAGGAACAACUCUUGCAACCUGCCACAACUGCCCCUGCUGCUGCAAUUCAAGUGCCCGCUGGAAAGCAACCUGUACGUCCAGCUGCUCGCAAAAAUGCAGAAGAGGAAGAUGAGCUUGCUGCAUUGCAGGCAGAGAUGGCACUUUAA